UUGAGCAGAAGCUAUAUUGAUUCGAAUCUGAUCGAAAAGAUGCUACUUUACGUUUCAUGUGUCGAGCAGUUUAUAGUCUUCGAAGGAUGCUAUCGUGUCCGCAGCCAGCGUUCGGGUACAUUCGCCUCCUCAGAAUGUGCUCGCCCUAGACCCUAGUCCGUCGGGGGGGUUUGGCCCGCCGUCGCGACGUCGUAUGCCUCAGUCCCUCGCGUCCUGCCGACCGACGCGCUGUUAUGCGCCCGAGCAGACUACAAAGCGCGACAUCGUCCCCACAUCAGUGCCAUCGACGCUUCCGCGAAGAUCCAAGAGUGCCGGAAUAGUCUAGGCUUCCAUCAAGAAAUGCGCCUCAACUGAGAUGGGCCCGUCGACCGCCGCCAACUCGACCGCGGGCGGCCACACCGCCAUCCGUUGCGCGGACGGGCUGCUGCUGCCCUGCUGGCAGCCGCUCGUCGACGUCGCGCUGACCGAGCGCGUCGGCCGUGGCGUCGUCUAUUUCUGCGCGCUGGCCUAUCUCUUCGUGGGAGUGUCGAUCGUCUCCGAUCGCUUCAUGGCCGCCAUCGAGGUGAUCACUUCGCAGGAGCGCGAGGUGGCUGUGCGCAGGGCCAGCGGGGAACCGCACAUCGUCGUCGUGCGCAUGUGGAACGAGACGGUGGCCAAUCUGACGCUAAUGGCGCUCGGCUCCAGCGCCCCCGAGAUCCUCCUCUCCGUCAUCGAGAUCUACGCGAAGAACUUCGAGGCCGGCGACCUCGGCCCCGGCACCAUCGUCGGCAGCGCCGCCUACAACCUCUUCGUCAUCAUCGCGCUGUGCGUGGGCGUCAUCCCCAAGGGCGAGUCUAGAAAGAUCAAGCACCUGGGCGUGUUCUUCGUGACGGCCUCGUGGUCGGUGUUCGCCUACGUGUGGCUCUACCUCAUCCUGUGCUUCUUUUCGCCAGGCGUGGUGGACAUUUGGGAGGGCGUCCUCACCUUCUGCUUCUUCCCUUUGACCGUCCUCACGGCCUAUGCGGCAGACAGGAAUAUCCACAGGUACAUCCGCAAGGACUACCGCAUGAACAGACGCGGCGUCAUCGUCCAAGCGGAGGGCGGCGACCGCCUCGAGAUGGGCAACGGCGAGCUGCUGCCUGCCGCCCCCGAGGCCGAGGGCGGCGCGCGCGACGACGACGCCAAGCGCGAGUACGUGGCAACACUGCGCGAGCUGCGCAGGGAGCACCCGCGCGCCGACCUCGCCGCGCUGGAGAAGAUGGCGCACGAGACGCUGCUGGGCAGAGGGCCCAAGUCGAGGGCGUUCUAUAGGAUCCAGGCGACGAGGAAGCUGAUGGGCAGCGGGGAUUUGCUCAGGAGGAUAUCGGAACGCGCGCAGAGCGACCUGAGCGAGAUCAAAGAAGAGCUGCGCCGCGAGUCCGCCGGCGACUGCGCAAUCACCGCCAACUGCGAUCCGGCCGCGUGCCGCGUCUUCUUCUCGCCGGCCAAGUACGCGGUGAUGGAGAGCUGCGGCCGCUUCGAGGUGAGCGUCGUGAGAGAGGGCGACGUCGAAGGCGCCGUCGACGUCGAGUACAGGACGGAGGACGGCUCGGCGGUGGCGGACAGCGACUACGUGAGGAGCGAGGGGUGGUUGCAUUUCCAGCCGGGCGACAAGGAAAAGAAGAUAACGUUGGAGGUGAUCGACGACGACGUGUUCGAGCCGGACGAGCACUUCUACGUGCGCCUGUGUGCCGCCCGGCCAUCAGCUGCCGCCCCCGAGGCCCCUGCCUGCCUCCUCGGCUCCCCCGCCAAGGCCACCGUCCUCAUCCUCGACGACGACCACGGCGGUCUCUUCCGCUUCGACAGGCAGAACCACGAACUGGUCGAGAGCCAGGGACAGUACGAGCUCAAGGUAGUGCGCUGUUCGGGCGCCAGAGGGCGCGUAGUAGUGCCCUUUUGGACAGAGGACGGUACUGCCAAACAGGGCAAGGAGUACGAGAAGAACAAAGGAGAGAUCGUCUUCGAAAACAACGAAUCCGAGUGAGUCCCAUUUUUAUUUUGUUCCAUAUCAAUAGACCAUUUUACGACAAUCGCUGCUUUUGAUCUAUUGAAUAUCAUUAUUUGUUUUUCUUUAUUGGCAACAUUUACGAUUCUGCCAUUUCGAAAAAUGAUUAAAUUCUG